CCCUAUUCAGUGCUGCCAGAGGUCACCAUAGCCUCCAGUGACACAAGGUUUGGUUUCUAUGACUUGCCCACGCACACUUCUGUUUAGAUAACAGGGACUUGAAAAUGGGGCCUACUAUUAAAGGACGGAUUCUACUGCCUUUAAGUCUGGUAUGAUGAAGUCACAUUGCUGGUGUAGCUUUCUGUCUCAUAACUUUUUAUUUUAGUUUGUUCGAUAUUUAUUGGACAGCUAUAGGUCAGCAUUUCCGACUGCAAGUAUAUAGGGGAAAUUUCAAUGUUCACGCUCUGGUGCAUGCAUCACUAUGCUCGACUUGGCAGUCGGGUUUUUGCAUGUAGCUGUAUGUGUGCUCACAUUGGUCAGAGGGGUAGGAGGUUCCUACAGCGACUAGGCUGCAGGAGAACCGUCCUGGACUGUUCAGCCUUGUAAUACAGAGCAUUGCAGAGUACUCCAUGUCCCUGUAUUAUGUGUGUAGGCUGUGUUAAUGUGACCACGCCAGUUAAAUGCAUGACGUGUUGUCGGAAGAGGAGCAGGUCAAGUUCAGACGUGUCUACGGCGUUGGCUCAGCAAUGUACGCGCUUUAAACUUUACACCAGCGCUAGUUUAUGAAAGUGUUUUCACAUUCAUAAUCAUGUCGUUUAACGGUUGACUGACAUGUCGCACUGACGAGCCAGUCUCGGUUUCGAUAGCAUUUCAAGAGCAUGUCAAGCGAGCUUCCCGAGUUCAGACAUGGAGGAACCUGAAGCACACGCCGACACUAAAAACACAGAGAGCUGCUUUGACAAGACGUGCUCCGCUUUAACUGUGGACGAUGUGUACGAAAUUGCCAAACUAAUUGGUACCGAGGUGGAGAAGCUAAUCGAUGGUUAUGGCAAAGAUAGCGUCGUGGGGCUGGUGCCGAAAAUAGUGAAAGUGCUGGAACUGCUGGAGAGUUUCGCGUCGAGGAACAAUGCUCACAAACUGAAGGAAGAGGAACUGCUGAAGACCUUCGAGACGAUACAGCUGCAGCAGCAGAAGAAACGCGGUGGGAAAGAAAGCGAGGAGGGCAACGACAAAAAUGAAAUACGGCAGGAGCUACAGCACAAGGAGCAGCAAUGGAGCAGGAGGUGUGAGGAGCUGCAGGUACAGGUGCAACAGCUCCAGGAGGACAAGGAGGAGCUGCAGAGUAGGCUAAAGGGCAGCCACGCACAGGAAGAUCGUGUCCAGCGGCAGGAGCGAGAGGUGAUGCUGAAGCUGAAACAGGUGGUGGACAAGCAGAGAGAUGAGCUGAGGGCUAAAGUCCAGGAGAUAACCACCAUCUCCAAAGAGGUGGAGGCGCUCCAGGAGCAGCUGGAUCGCUUCAUGAAGAUGAAUGCAGAGCUGCGACACAAGCAGAAUGUUCUGCAGGCUCAGCUGAAGAGCACUGUGGAGAGGAAGGCCGACAUGGAAGCUGAUCUGAAGGAGAAAAGCAAAGAGAUAGAAAACCUCCAAGCACAGCUGGAUAGCGCCAAUAGCAACAGCCCUUCUAGUCCAAGUCAAACAGCUCGUGAGUCAACGAAAAAGACGACAGCUGACCAGAAGGAUCCUGAUCAGCCAUGCUUCACCAAGAAAGAGGUGCGUGACAUCAUUUUCGAGAGGAAUGAGCUCAAAACCAACCUGUUCCUGGUGCAGGAGGAGCUCAGCUACUAUCAGAGGGAGAUCCUGAAUGAGGAGCGGUGUCCAGGGUUCCUCUUAGAAGCUGUCCGCUCAGCCAUCAAGAAAAAAAGAAAGCUCAUUAAGGCAAAGAUGCUUGGAAUUUCUGUGAACGAAUGCAGCAGCAGUGACGAGGAGGGGAGUUCUUCGUUGUUUGAGCAGACAGAAGUAGAUGGCACACAUGUAGACGGCACUGAUAAACCAGCUGAGUCACGCAUUCGAAACCUCUUUGGCUUCCUGACGCGGUCAGGCAGUGGGCGGAGCCCCACCCACAUGAGCAACUCCGCCUCCAGCUGGGAGAUCAUCGGAGACUCAGAGGCCACUGAUGAGGCACAGAAGCGUCCGUCUUCCUGAGCCUGGUACUGACUGAGAUUUGCCGAGUUUGUCUUCAUUAUUUGAUCUGAAACAGACAACCCUCCUCGGUCACAACAUCUCCAUCAGCUCGUGGCAGAAAAUCUGGUUGUAGCCCAGUAAAAAGGUUGGGAGGUCGUUUGAAUGCACUGUGUAUAACAGAAAAUCACAGUGUGAGUGUGAAAAAAGAGAAUGUGUGAAUGUUUUUGAACAUUCAACUUUUUUUUUUCAAUUUUUAUUUUUCAUUUCCCCUUAAGUUAAUUGCCCUCUUAUUUUUCCAUAGAACUGACGAAUAUGAGGAACACUGUUUAACGUCAGUAUAAAUGACACAGUGUACCACAGUAUUAAGAGAGAUACUUAACUCACCUCAACAAAGAUGCUUCCUUUUGUAUGAUAUAAGUAUUAAUACAAAAAUUAUAUUUUUCUUCAUUGUAGGGAAAGUUUUACUGUAUGUAAUUUUUUGAAAAAUGGGGUUAUUAUGCAUAGAUAUUUAUAUAAAUAUGAAUUUAUAUAAAAAUAUUUUUUAACAAAAACCAAAGACAAUACAAAGGUACAUAUUCUGAAAUCAAACUAUCCAGUCGAUUAAUUGAAAACAGUAUAUUAAGUUAACCACAAGAGGGCAUAGAUUCAUUUUAUAACUAAUAAAACAUUUUACGACAAAAAAUGAUCAUGUAACUAUUACCUCAGUUGGGGAAUUUUUAAGUCAUGUGUCUACUCCUAUUUUUUGUGAUUUGAAGCACUUUCAUGCUCAAAGAAAAAGAAGUAUAGUAGCAGACUCUUCCAGCAUUCAAUGCAUUUUAAUGGGCCUUAACUCCUUAAAAAAUAUAUUCUCUUCAUUUUCAGUCGUCAGCCUUUGCACAGCGCCAAAGAAUUUGGCUGGUGUGUAUCUGAUGUAGGUGCCAUAAGUGUGUGUAUACAGACACGUGUUUUAGCUUGUGUAGCAGCCUUGGUUACUUUACUUUUAAAGGAAGCUGUGUGCUUCCUUGUGGAAAUGAUAAGUGGUGUGGGUAUUUUCUUUCUCCAAUGUUAGCUGACAAGUUAACAUAAAGUAUCUGACCGUGGCUAUUUGAUGGAUAUGUUACCUCUAAAAGUCUGACCGCAGUACCGCUUAGACAGACCAGUGGUAUUGUAUUUUUUUGAGAGACAAUUUAUGAACUUCAAAUCAAACCAUGUCUUCCUGAAUUACUGUGUUUGCAAUCUAUUUUUGUAAGCAUGUUUCUAUUGGAAAGUUUGUGCUGACGAAGAUGUCAAUUGCCAUUGUAGUGAACUUUAUCGAAAAUGUGAUAAAAAAAAUUCAAAAUAUGGAUUUUCUGUGAAUUUCAAAAUUCAAUAAAAUCCAUUUAACACAGA